AUGAUGGAAGAUUGCCUUAAUGGUACUGUUACAUCUGCGCAUUUUCAAAGAGAUGCUGAAGAAACAACUGCCAACUUGCCGUCGUUGCCAGGCAAAACGGGAUUUUAUACAAUGGCUGGAAUCCUGGAUUUCUCGCAACUGGAAUGGUCGAAAAUGCAGUUAGAACGCACACAGUGGGAUGUAGAAAAGGCGGAGCUACAGGCAAAGAUAGAGUUUCUACAAGGCAAGUUUGAAGGACUUGAAAACUUGAGAUAUAAUCUCAUUCGUCGAAUUAAAAUGCUGGAAUAUGCUUUAAUUCGAGAAAGAAGUUGCAAGAAUCAAGAAGGCCUUUCCAAGGAAAACGAAGAAGCCAUAAUCAACAUGCACUUUUCUAGAUCCGAAUCUAUUUCGGAUCAAUUAAAAAUAAAUACAAGCAGUGAAUGGCAGAAUGAAAGUGGUCAACUAAAUAAGUAUCUUGUUGACUCCUCCUCGUUUAGUGUUUCACCGGGUUUUGGUAACUCAACGGUGUGUAAUUUAUCCGAUUCAAGUUCACUAUUCGGUGGUAGCCUCGAACAGGAAGAGCAUCCUAUGAAUGUGUCGCCUAAACAUGAUAAUUCUGAGUCGAAAGUGUUACGAAAUCCAUUGGAACUUGCUAACGAUCUUUGUAAUCUAGAUCACAAUAAACUUCUAAACGACGACUCGCUUGACUUUAAUUUUUCUAAAAGUUCCAGCUUUGAUUAUUUAUCCCUAAUGAAUGAAUCUGAUCUAGCUUUAACAAUAGAACCUCAAUGUAUUACGGACCCUGAGACUGCUGAAGCGCUUUUAGAAUUUGAACAACUUGUUGCACAAGGCACGUACUUAGAUAAAAACUCUUUAACAGAUCAUGUGAAUACUAAUCUUGUAAAUAGUAUCAUCAAGCCUAAUGAAUCAACACAUAAGGAUUGGGAUAAUUUGAAUGAACAAGAAUUAUUACAACGUUUUAAAGAACUAUACAGAGCUGAUCGUUUGCAAGCCACAUCGCGCCUUUCUCACCACUCCACUUUUAUUUCUGAUCUGAAAUUGAAAGGCAAUUCAAACACACAAGAUACAGACUUGAAAAUAACUUCACUGAAUGAAGAUGAUGCAAGUAGUAAUAAACAAUCAUCCAGUCGUUGUAGUAGUCAACCUACAAAUUUCAAUGUAACUGAAGAUGAAUUAGGCAGUAUUCUGCCUGAUUUUGAAGUGAUUAUCAAUGAUGAACGUCGACAAAAUAUGCCUAGAAAUGACUUGUUGAAUAAUAAUAAUACUAAUACUGCAACAAAAGUAUUAUCAAAGAAUAUAAGUGAAACAAAAGAAUCAACUUUAAGACUAGAAGAUUUGGCCAGUCUUACUACAAUGGCAAAUGAAUUAGAUUCGAAUCAAGCUCGUGCAGUAGCCGUAGCAAUGGAUAACUUAGAUGGAAUGGGAGAGUGUAUUACAAAUAAAUUGAAUGAUAAAGUAGUCGCCAAUAAUUCAACAGUAAAUACAGCCUCAACGCAAAAACCUACAAAUUGGACAGCUAAGUAUACCUUACGUAGUCAUUUCGAUGCUAUUCGAGGUAUUGUUUUUCAUCCUACAGAACCAAUUUUGGUUACAUGCAGUGAAGAUCAUACGCUGAAAUUAUGGAAUUUAAAUAAAACUAUUCAAACCAAGAAAUCCUCUAUGUUUGAUGUUGAACCGAUAUACACAUUUCGUGGACACAAUUCCCCAGUAUUGUCAGUUACAAUGCUUGUUGGUUCAGCGAUAGGAGAGAAUACAUGUCAAUCUGGACUAUUAUCGCCUGCUUACAUAUAUUCUAGUGACUUAUCAGGUUGUAUACGUAGUUGGCAUGUAUCUAGUUUACAAAUGGAUCCUUAUGAUACCUUUGAUUUAUCAGUAAUGGGUCCUUCUCUUGAAGGUCAUACUGAUGCUGUUUGGUCGCUGUGCUCUCGUUAUGAUGGAUUACUGUUAUCAACUUCAGCCGAUGGAACUUCUCGUCUUUGGAAAUUACGUCCAGAUUCCUACUAUUCUUCUGAUGUGUAUUUUAUCAGUAACAUGUUAAAUAAAUACGAUGGUCUAUCUCCACAGAACUCAGUUCCUACAUCUGCUACAUUUUUAUGGACCAAUCAAAUGUAUUUCGCUACAGGCUUCACUUCCGGUCAUUUGUGUAUAUUCAAUUUGGAAACUAAUCAAAUUGUUAGAAGUUUUCAAUCAAUAGGUAAAACAGUUAAAUACUAUUUAGUUCUGUAA